AUAACCUUAUGAGACUACAUAUGUGAAACCCCUAUAUAAUUGAAAUUAGUGUUUUCUUUUAUUUUUUUUUAAUUUAAGUUUAGUCGCGUUAUUACGUAAUACGUAUAGAAACAAUUAAAUCGGCCGCUUUUCACUAAAAGUAACAAAUUAAAAACUAUAGUUAUAAUGUGGUAAUGUGUUAUAGUUUACUUGUGCUUCAAAAAAAAACUGAAAUCCUAAAAAAAUUUUAAAAAAGUUUAGUGGUAUGUUCCCGGUCUACGCAGGUAUAUGUUUGGAGUUGCUCCUGGUGAGCACUGGUUUCAUGGCAAAUUGGAGUUUAUGCUGAGUCAACGUGGAAAGCCUCUUCUGGUACAUGACGGUCAUACAUUUGGCAUCCAAUACGUGCGCAAGGAUAAGAAGUAUUGGCAGUGUAAUUUAUCACGAAAAUUCAAUUGUAAGGCACGUGUCACCACCACUGACACUGGCGAGAUAAUUGUAACGAACAACGAACAUUGUCAUACUGAAAUACGCCAGCAUUUACGCAAAGAUUAUCAACGAAAUAAAGUAAUGAUGAAUGCAUUGCUAAACCUUAGCACAAACAUUAGGCGUCAAAGCACUAAUGGGAACAACACCAACAAUUUAAAUAACUUAAGCAAUUUUACAGCACUAGCUACUCAUGGUACCAGUUUACUCAAUGCAGCAGCUACAGCAGCGGCUAUGAGUGGGCACGGUAGCGCUAGUCUGCAGAGCUUUCAUAACGAAUGUUUAGAGCAACAGACGCAGCACCAUACUCCUGGUGUUGUGGAUUUUACAAAAGACAGGGGCACGAUCUCACCUUCACGUAUAACUCCAAACAUACACAAUCAACCUAUAAUAGAUGAACAUGUAGACUCAUCUAGACCAUUGGACUGUGGUUUUCGACAAUCUACGACGACUACCAUACCAAAUGAUUUUGAAAAAGAAAUAAAUAGUCGUGACAGCAGCUAUAACGGUGCAACGUGGAAGUGCAAAAACGAAAUUGGAGAUUCCUGAAAAAGAUAUACCAAGGUCAAAACUAUUUUUUAAGAUAAAAGCAAACAGGCACUUCCAUUUCAACAAUUUUCGCAAUAUUUGGGAAGAUUGCACUGAAGUUUAAAAAUACUCGUAUUUGUUACACUCAAUGUACAACAGCCAAAUCCAAAGAAUUUUUAUCUACCUAUUUUUUGAUAAUUUAAUACCAUUUUAUGACAAUAUACAAUAUUAAGUUACACGUUUUUAAAAAC